UCCCACGUUAAACUGUCUCCCCUCCUGAGUGGUGAGUGUGCAGGGGGUCAGCUGACAAACGACCAAAUGCAAAUGCAGAGUCUUUGCCCAUCUCUCGUUGCCUAUAUCUUCGCCCUUCUCCUCCACCCUUUCGGUGCCCUGAAAUCGGUAUGCGGAGAAGAAGGAUUGUGCUCAGUAACACCAGAGUUUACCUCUUGCGAUGGAGAUUCUAUCUAUGCCAAAGUCACCAAUCCUACUCUUUCCCCUCACCAUCUUCAAGACUUACCAGGCUUCACACGUAGCCUAUAUAAAAGGGAUCACGCCUUAAUUACACCAGAAAGCCAUGUCUUUAGCCCUCUACCUGAUUGGGUAAAUACAUUAGGAGCAUACUUAAUUACUCCAGCAAUGGGUGCACACUUCGUGAUGUAUUUGGCAAAGAUGCAAGACAAUUCGAGUUCGGCGCUGCCUCCUGAAGAUGUUGAAAGGUUCUUUUUUGUAGUUCAAGGCACUGUUAUUCUAACAAAUGCUUCUGGGACUGAUCAUAAAUUAAUUGUGGAUUCUUAUGCAUAUUUACCAAGCAAUUUCAAGCACAUUCUUAAGUGUGAUUCAUCUGCCACACUUGUUGUGAUUGAGCGAAGGUACCAUGCUUUGGAGAAUCAUUUUGUUGAACUUAUUAUUGGUUCAACAGAUGCGCAGCCACUUCUGGAAACUAGUGGAGAGGUUUUUCAAAUAAGGAAACUGCUCCCAACUUCCAUCUCAUAUGAUUUUAACAUUCAUAUCAUGGAUUUCAACCCUGGAGAAUAUCUCAAUGUGAAGGAGGUUCACUAUAAUCAGCAUGGUUUACUGCUUUUAGAAGGACAAGGGAUAUAUCGCUUGGGUGACAGCUGGUACCCAGUUCAAUCCGGUGAUGUCAUAUGGAUGGCACCAUUUGUACCUCAAUGGUAUGCUGCCCUUGGCAAAUGUCGGUCACGCUAUCUGCUAUACAAGGAUGUUAACAGGAACCCAUUGUAAUGCAUUCAUAUAUGUGGUAUGUACUGCGGCUGUUAAACUAUGACAUUUUGAUGAGUUACCAAGCUUGAAAUUGCAUCUUUUAUUGUCAUGUACACAGACCGAAUACUCGUCUUCCUAUAUAAGUAUUCCCCAAAAACUCCCGGUAGAUGUUAUUUACAUGCAUACUAUUCAGAAAUAUCGAGGCCAUUUGCUAAAUUUUAAUUCUGAUUCCACCUACAACAGAUGUUGACUGGAAAGCAAGGUUUAAGGCAGCAGUUCUCUUGAAACCCAUCUCAAAUAUGGAGUAUGAGCCAUAUGGUAUUCUUGUCUACAAUAAAGAGAUUAGUGUUUUUGCAUGUGUUUCAAAACUGCUACGGUCUUUUUUUUAUUUGUUUGGGUUAAUUUCUUACUAGAACAAUUGGUAUCAUUACUGGUAUUAUUGCGGGCAGUUUAAAACCAAUACACUUUUUCGUCAUGUGCUAUUACAUGUGGGUUAUUUUGUAUACCAGCGCACCUCUUUGUUGGCCGAUGGUGUGUACCACUUUAUUGGCUUAUACUCUCCCACCUCCUUGAUGGCCAAUAAUAGUCCACCUCUUUUAUAGCCCGUAGAUGUCAUAUAAGACAUCAUCGCCUCUUGGAUGGUCCAUAGAAAUCUCAAUUGUAGUGAGAGAAGGUAAUUUCAUUUUUCAUAUUUGCUAAAUUUUGUAGAGACCUUAUCUACUAUUAAGCCAAUUUUUUCUUGAAUGUUUUUUGCCAUUUGAGCUCCAAUCGAGGCCGUCAUAGAAGUUUGGUACAGUGUUUCUAGGUGGUCUGCUGUGCUUACAAACUAGUGAGUGAUUAAACAAUGCUUCAAUGGGAUUGAUGUAUCUUGGGGGUAUCAUCACCACAGCCUAUUGCAUCUUGGAAAUCCCAGCAGGGGCUUUGAAUACCUUGAAGACAGUGAGACGAUUGUCCCCAAGUUCGAGUUGAGCACAGUUUUGUCUAUUUUUUUAUUUUUCUGCUUUGGAGUUUGUCUUGUUCAAGACUUAACAGUUUUUCCACCUUGCUGGAAAUCUCACCGCAGUUGAAUGAGGUCUCACCAUGGUUACUCUCAGAGCUUCAUGCUCAGUGGUAUUGUUUUAUGCAAUCUUACUGCA